AGCCAGGAUCACCAGCCGCGGCAGAUAAAACCACGCGCGCGGCCGUGAGGAACAAGCGAAGCGAACGUCGGCGCGUGUCUGGUGGUUGGGUAGUUGGGUAGAGAGCCGAGGUGGACGAUGGCGGCGGCGCCCGUGGCGACCGUGGCCUCCCCGUCCUCCGCCUCCAGGCGGCUCCUCCCCAGCCACCCCCGCCCCUCCACCUCCGCCGCGCCGUCUCUCCUCCGGCUGCCUAGAUUGACCAGGCGUCUCCGACGCGCGCUUCUCGUCUCGGCCGCCGCGGCGGGGGACGAGGCGGACGUUCUGCGGGGACCGGACGGCGAGGGGGAGAUGGUGGUGGCGGGGAGGCUCGAGGAGCAGCGGAACGAGCCGCUGGGGGGCAGCCAGCUUGACAUCGGCGGGUUCGCCUUCCAGAGCGAUAUGGGUGGGGGAUUCGCCGGAGGAAGCAGCGCCGGCGGGGCAGGAUCCUCCGGCGGCGGGGACGGCAACAAGAUGCUGGACCGCAGCAUCAACACGGCCAUCGUGCUCGGGGCCAGCACCUACGCGCUCACCAGGCUCCUCACCGUCGACCACGACUACUGGCAUGGGUGGACUAUCUUUGAGAUCCUGCGGUACAUGCCGGAGCACAACUGGUCGGCAUACGAGGAGGCCCUCAAGGACAACCCAGUUCUAGCUAAGAUGAUGAUCAGUGGCGUCGUCUACUCCCUCGGUGACUGGAUCGCGCAGUGCUAUGAAGGCAAGCCGAUCUUUGAUUUCGACCGUGCUCGGAUGUUCCGGUCUGGCCUUGUUGGGUUCACACUUCACGGAUCACUUUCGCAUUACUACUACCAUAUCUGUGAGGCACUGUUCCCGUUCAAGGAUUGGUGGGUUGUCCCUGCGAAGGUUGCAUUCGAUCAGACAAUCUGGUCUGCGAUUUGGAACAGCAUCUACUUCGUAGUCUUGGGUUUCCUCCGGUUGGAAUCACCUACCACUAUUUUCGUUGAGCUCAAGUCCACGUUCUGGCCCAUGCUUACCGCUGGAUGGAAGUUGUGGCCUUUUGCACACUUAAUUACAUACGGUGUGGUUCCUGUGGAGCAAAGACUUUUAUGGGUCGACUGUGUGGAGCUAGUCUGGGUCACGAUACUGUCAACGUACUCAAAUGAAAAGUCAGAGGCAAGGAAUUCUGAUGGUACCUCCUUACAAGCUGCUUCUAAGGACAACUCCAGAUAGCAACCAGAGAGACCAAGGGUUCCAUCGUUUUGUGGACGGUGUAAAUUGUACAAUUAGCUGCAGCAGCUCUGGUGUAACUUUUUUUUUCUUUAUGCCUGUAUAGAUAAAUAAAACUUAAACUGUGCAGUGUUGUCCAACGAAAUUCAGAAAGAAAAUGUCUUAAGCGAGAAUUGCUGAUGAAA